AAAACAAUCCUAAUUAAGGGUUUUAGGGGUUUUAAACACCAUAUUCUUCCACACGCUCUCUUCCUCCAUUGUAGCCAUGUUCUCCAAAACCAAAAUCAACACUUUCUUCCACCACUACCUCAACAUUCACACUCACACAAGAUCAAUAUCCAGUCUCAAAGUAGUAUGGCGCAAAGACCCAUCCCUAGACCAAGCCAUAGAACACGAUAAACGCUACAAACAAUGCGCACGCGUCGUCAAAGAAGUCCUCAACGAACCAGGCCAAGUAAUCCCUCUCCGCUACCUCGAAAAGCGCCGCCAAAGAAUGAGACUCAAGGUAAAAAUCGACACUUUCUUGAAUCAAAACCCUUAUUUAUUCGAUGUCUACUACGACCGCAUUAAACCAAAAACCGAGCCUGUGAAAUUCAUUCGGGUCAGCGACCGGCUUCGUAGGUUUAUCGAGGAAGAGAAACGGAUUUUUAAGGAGAAUGAACCGUUGAUUGUUGCUAAGUUGUGUAAAUUGUUGAUGAUGUCGAAGAAUAAGGUUGUUAGUGCUGAUAAAUUGCUUCAUGUGAAGAGGGAAUUCGGUUUCCCUAAUGAUUUUUUGGUUGAUUUGGUUCCGAGGUAUCCGGAGUAUUUUAGGUUAACUGGAUUGCCUGGGGAGGGAAAGUCGUUUCUCGAAUUGGUUGAUUGGAAUCCGGAGUUUGCGAAGUCGGUUAUUGAGAAAAGGGCUGAUGAGGAAAGUAGGGCUACUGGGAUUAGGGUUAGGCCUAAUUUCAAUGUGAAGCUUCCGCCGGGGUUUGUGUUGAAGAAGGAGAUGAGGGAGUGGAUUAGGGAUUGGAUGGAGCUUGAUUAUGUUUCGCCGUAUGAGGAUGUUUCGGAUUUGGAGCAAAAUUCUAGAGAGAUGGAGAAGAGGGCGGUUGGGGUUUUUCAUGAAUUGCUUUCUCUUUCGUUGUAUAAGAGGAUUCCGGUGCCGAUUCUUGGGAAGUUUUGUGAGGAAUAUAGGUUUUCGAAUGCGUUUUCUAGUGCUUUUACGAGGCAUUCGGGUAUUUUUUAUAUGUCGUUGAAAGGUGGGAUUGAGACUGCGAUGUUGAGAGAAGCGUAUGAAGGGGAUAAGUUGAUUGAUAUUGAUCCGUUGCUUCAGAUAAAAGAUAGAUUUGCUGAGGUGUUGGAGGAGGGUUGGCGGGAAAGAGUGGAGCAGUUGAGGUUGAAACAAGAGAAAAUUAAGCAGGAUAUGGAACUUGUGGCCACAAGAGUUUCUGAAUAAUAAUAUAGAACCGGCACAUGGUUAUACGAAGAGCUUUCAAUUUGGAAGGAGGUUAUAAAUGAACUUAAAUUUGCGGUAACUUAUUGUGUUUUGGAAUUCAGGAAUUUAACGAUAUGGCGCUCUUAAAUCCAAAUAAUCCUUUUGAUAUCAGACCAAUCCUGCAAGGAGUUCAAAUGUGAAAAAUGUUGGAUUUCCUCUGAAAAUUUGAAUUGAAAGAAACAUAUAUACUUCUGCAAAUGUUGGAAGAAUUGAGCUUCAUUGUUGGCUGAUGACCAAGUUCUGCAUCCAAAUCAUCUUAGAGCAGCAAUAAAAUAUUUAGAAACACUGGAAACAGGCCGAACAAAGGUGUAAAUUUAAGAAAACUGUUGUAUCUUGCCAUGGCUCCAUGAAUGUUAAUUUAAGAAAACUGUUGUAAUUUGCCAUGGCUCCAUGAAUGUUAAUUUAAGAAAACUGUUGUACUCA